GAAAGAACAAAUAUUAAAAUCGCCCCUCCCUUUUCUCUCUCUAUUUCACUCAUGGAUUCCACCGUAGCUGAACUCAUACUCCACAGGCGGAAUCCAUAAACCCUAACCACCACCGCACGGGGAGGCGUCGAUUCCAAAGCUCAGAUUAUUAUUGAAUAACAAUUGUGGUCUUGUUUUUCUUUAGUGAUAUUGGAUUUGUGAUUGAAUAAUCGGAUAAUAUUAUGUAUAGAUCUGGAGCGGUGAUGGCCUGGAACGUGUUCAAGUUCUGCACGGCUCUGAGGGGGCUAGGGUCGAUCAUGAUACUGUUGGUUCUCGGCAUCGUCGGCGUCAGCUAUUAUGCGGUGGUGAUCACCAGUUACGGCCCUGGGCUCGCUGCCGGCGGCCUUGACUCGCUCCUCGCCUUCGUAGUUUUGGUCUUGUUUCAUUGUCUGUUAGUGAUGCUAUUAUGGAGUUAUUUUUCAGUUGUAUUUACGGACCCGGGUGGUGUGCCUCCAAAUUGGCGGCCAGCCGUAGAUGAAGAAAGAGGAGAUAGUGACCCAUUGACUGGAACUGAAUUUCAAGCUGACUCAGAGAAUGGUAGAAUCCGUUUUUGUAGAAAGUGCAACCAGUUAAAACCACCCCGCUGUCAUCACUGCUCUGUUUGUGGGAGGUGCAUACUGAAGAUGGACCAUCAUUGUGUUUGGGUUGUCAAUUGUGUUGGGGCAUUGAACUACAAGUAUUUUCUUCUCUUCCUGUUCUACACAUUCCUCGAAACUACUCUUGUUACGCUAUCAUUACUGCCGCAUUUUAUUGCAUUCUUUAGUGACGGAGAUAUCCCUGGGACUCCAGGAAGUCUUGCAACCACUUUUCUUGCCUUUGUGUUGAAUUUGGCAUUCGCUUUGAGCGUAAUGGGGUUCCUGAUUAUGCACAUAUCACUGGUGACUGCCAACACCACAACCAUCGAGGCUUAUGAGAAGAAGACUACUCCAAAAUGGCGUUAUGAUCUUGGACGGAGGAGAAACUUUGAGCAGGUGUUCGGGAUGGAUAAGAAGUACUGGUUUAUCCCAGCUUACUCAGAAGAAGAUUUACGACGAAUUCCUGCCCUUCAGGGUCUUGAAUAUCCUUCAAAGCCUGACCUGGAUGCUCAAUAAUUUUGAGCCGGAUGACGACAUAAUUAUAAUGCAUCCAAUCUUGCUUAGGCUGCUGGUCUCUGGAAGCACCCAUCUUCCCACCCUUCAAAUUCAUUUUGUAAUAUGCAACUAAUUCGCUACUACAGCGUUCCAUCUGCUGAAUUAACAGUCGAAAAAACGUAGAUAUUGUGCAGAAAACUUGGUGGAUUGCAGCUGAUCUGAGAAUGCUUAGCAUGGUGAUGUUUAGAUUUCUCUAUUACAACAAGAAAUUGGGGUGUAUAUGGAUACAAAACGCUAGUUGUCGCGUGGCUUCCGGCCAAGUUGUUGUAAAACUUGUAAGCCUUGUUCGCUAGAAAUGUAGAUUAAUCUCAGCAUCCGUCUGACGAGGAACAAUAGUCUAUUAUAGUGAUUCUUGGACUUUUUAA